AUGUCUUCCAUCAACAUCGUCAAAUACUACUUCCACGCUAAACAAAUCCCCAGAAGCGAUGCCAGGAUACGCCAACUUAUUGCAUUGGCGUAUCAAACAGCGCGCGACAAGCAGCUCUAUCCCAAGGCAGUCUUGGUUCGCUACAAAACGCAGGACCAUUUAGGUCUCGAGACUCAUGUCGCUUGUCAUGGCUAUGUCAAGGACCCCGAUACGCUGGAAUUCAAGGAGGCGACCCAUGCCGCUGAGAAGCCCGACUCUACAAUGAAACGGAACAACAAGCCAGUUUGGCCAGAUGAUCAGGACCUCUGGGAGGCCCCAGAUGUGGGUUAUGGGCACAUGUCUUGA